AUGGGCAAGCAGGUUCAACCCUGCGUCGGCCUCUACAGCGACAAGUGCACUUGCAGCCUCGGGAGGUGGAGACCCUUGAUCCUCACCGGAUGCAUGAUCAUCUGCUAAUCUGUGAUCGUCAUCGGCUUCUCCUCUGACAUGGGCUACGCCCUGGCCCUGGGUGACAGUGACACCACUGAAGACUGCAAGGUUUACAGGGGACCUCGCUACCAUGCAGCAGCGGCGUUCAUCUCGAUCGGCUUCUGGCUGCUCGACUUCUCCAACAACAACCUGCAGGGUCCAGCUCGCGCUAUGAUGGCCGAUUUGUCAGGUCGGCAUGGCCCGAGCGCGGCGGACGCGAUCUUCUGGUCUUGGAUGGCGCCGGGCAACAUCCUGGGUUACUCCUCCGGAUCCACAAACGACUGGCAUCGAUGGUUCCCGUUUCUCAUGACCAAGGCUUGCUGCGAGGCCUGCGCCAAUCUCAAAGCCGCCUUCUUGGUCGCAGUGGUGUUAUUGGGGUUGUCGACGGCGGUGACGACAGGGAGGGAGGUGCCGCUGGACGCGGCGGCGGCGGCGGCGAAGCGGAACGAAGCGGGCGAGGGGUCCGGCCCUCUGGCCGUACGUGUUUUCAAGGGGAUGAAGAACCUCCUCGCCGGGAUGCCGUCGAUGCUCACGGCCGGCCUCACCUGGCUCUCGUGGUUCCCCUUCAUCCUCUUCGACACCGGCCGACUGGAUGGGCCGCGACGCGAGAUAUACCAUGACCGUCCUCCCGACGAGGUCGCCGCCUUCCAGGAAGGCGUUGGCCAGGGUCGUGCCUCCGGCCUCCUCCUCAACUCGAUCGUGCUGGGGAUCAGCUCGUUCCUGAUCGAGCCGAUGUGCCGGCGGCUGGGCGGCCGGGCGGUGUGGGUGAUGAGCAGCGCCCUCGUGUGCGUCGCCAUGGCGGCGGUGUCGGUGCUCAGCGCGUGGUCGCUCGGCGACUUCGGCGGGUCGGUGCAGGACGCGGCGGCGAUGGCGGAGGGAAGGAGGGCCUCCGCGCUCGCGCUCUUCGUCUUCCUCGGCUUCCCCUUCGCCGUCCUCUGCAGCGUCCCGUUCGCCGUCACGGCGCAGCUGGCGGUCAGCCGCGGCGGCGGCCAGGCCAGGCUCUGCACCGGCGUGCUCAACAUCUCCAUCUUCGUGCCGCAGAUGGUCAUCGCCAUCGGCGCCGGGCCCUGGGACGCGCUCUUCGGCAAGGGCAACAUCCCGGCCUUCGCCAUGGCCUCGGUGUUCGCCUUCACCGCCGCCGUCGUCGGCGUCGCCAUGCUGCCCCAACUGCCCAAGAUCUCCAGGAGCAGCUUCCGCUCCGUCAGCAUGGCCGGCGGCCACUAA